GAACAGAUGGAUGAAUUUAAGUGGGUCUAAAAAUAGCAGCUUUAUGUCCAAGAAAAACCUUAAAUCAAGAAACAAGAUGACCCCAUCUCAUGUUCCCCUCACAACGAACGAACAGAUUUUGCCUUAAAAAAGCCCCGCGCUUCCUCAUGUUUAACCUCCUUCCUGCAAUUUCUCUUUGCAAUAUCCUAACCAUUUCUGUUUCAUCCUUUCCAUCUCUCUCUCUCUCUUCAUGGGAGAUCCUCCACGUUCAGCGAUGACUGAUUUUUACAGCAUCCUCGAAAUACCGAAAGAUAUAUGCAAGGCAUACAAGGUAUUUUUCACGAAAUGGAAUCCCGACAAGAGCCCGGAGAACAAAAUCGAAACAGAAUCCAAAUCCAAAUCCAUUUCACCCGAUGAAUGGCACAAGGUCAUCAAUGGAAAAACGGAGGAAGAAACUACAAGCAGCGAUGACCCAACAACACCUGCAGGUUCCAGUCAUUAUCAAAAUGACGAUGAUACGUUCUUCACACGCCACGCUUCCUUAUUCUCGAGUAGUUCAAGUAGAAGAAGCAAAACGCCGACGCCAAGCUCGCGCUCAUCGAGCCGCAGUUCAAGCCGGAGAUGCACCACCCCACCAUCAAGAAGCAUGAGCAGAAGGGGGUCCUCAGACACUGAAAUACCUACACUCUUGUUCUCGAGAAAUUCGAGAAGGACCAGCUCGGAAACGGAAGCAUCUCUAUUAGGAAAGAUCAGUUCCAUAGAAACAGAAAAGCCUCCUUCUCUAACAAGAGAUACGAGCCGAAGGGGCACCACCCCCAUCAUAUUCUCGCAAUCAGCUGCACGAAGAAAACCACCUCCAGUUGAGAUGAAGCUCGAGUGCACGCUUGAGGAGUUGUGUGAAGGAUGUCUCAAGAAGAUCAAGAUCACAAGAGAUGCCAUCACCAAUACUGGGAUGAUUAUCCAAGAAGAGGAGAUAUUGAAGAUACAAGUAAAGCCAGGAUGGAAGAAAGGAACAAAGGUUACAUUUGAGGGAAAGGGUGAUGAGAAACCAGGCUACCUUCCUGCCGAUAUAAUCUUCGUGAUAGAAGAAAGAAACCACCCAUUGUUUACGACGGAAGGUUUCGAUUUGGAAAUAGGAGUUGAGAUCCCUCUGGUGAAUGCGCUCACAGGAUGUUCAAUCCCAAUUCCUCUAUUAGGAGGGGAAAAGAUGACAUUGUCGUUUGAUGAUAUCAUAUAUCCGGGCUACGAAAAGGUCAUUCGGGGCCAAGGUAUGCCUAACCCUAAAGAACCAGGAAGGAGAGGUGAUCUUCGAAUCAAGUUUCUGGUCGAGUUUCCCACAGAAUUGAGUGAUGAACAACGAGCUCAAGCAUCUAAAAUACUACAUGAUUGUAAUUGAUCGUAAUGGCCCAUUACUGUUUUUUCAUCUCCUUUACUGAUGUAGAGGAUCCGAAUCAAAUGAUAUUGAGUUGUCAGAUGGCAUGUUGUUAGCACUAAGAGACCUUGAGUUAGUAGAUAAGCGCAAAGAUGGACAAUUAACCAUGAUAUUUUUUUAAUUGAGGUAGUUUUGGGUGUGUUUCGAUAUUUUGGCCAUAACUUUGGUUUCGAGUAUCAAAAUCACACAUAUGACCUCAAUUCAAAAAAUUCUUUUCAGCGUGCACAUUGUGGUCACCCAGCGCCGCUUGGUGUGCGUCUUUUUCAAGGUCAAAAUCCAUUUUUUUCCAUUUCGAAUCUCCAUUUUUAGUUAUUUUUUUCUUUUAUGGUAAUAUUUCAUUUAUCAUUUGGGAAUUGAUUCUGAAUUCGAUUUGGACCAAA